CAUUACAGCUUCAGCUGGGAGGAGGCUUGGUGUUUAGUGAGAAGCUGAACUAUAAAAGGCAGGAGUUCACAUGUUCUCUCCAAUUCUCCACUCAGACGACUGAUUCAACAUGAAGCUUUGUGGAGUCCUCGUCCUGCUGUCCACUCUGUCUGUUGCUUACGGACUGAAAUGCUACCAAUGUCUGCUCGUCCCGGACGCUAAUUCAUGCACAGAGAUCGUAACUUGUCCUGCCCACCUGGACCGUUGUGGCAGUCUGAGUUUGAGUGGUGUGAUCACUAAGGGCUGCGAGUCAAGUCUUUUGUGUAAAAGCCCUAUAAAAUGUUGUUCAGAGGACUUGUGUAACAGUGCCAUACCCACCGGUUCCAGUGUGCUUCUCCUACUGGUAUCUGCAGCCAUCACCACAGUCUUUCUCUGACACUCCCGGGGAACAUUUUGCAUUUUCAUAAACCCAAUCUGUGCCGCUGUGGAAGUAUGUUAAAUAUGUAAAAGUCAUGAAUGAGUGCAGGUCGGAAAUUGUUCAAUAAAAGUACAACAUAACUGACCACUGAUUUGUUAAUUUUGUGUGUUCUGUAUGUCACAUCACAGCAGCAGUUGCUUUGUUCAUAAACUACACUAAAAAAUGGACAUAAACAUAUGAA